AUGGCAACAGCAGCAGCAACUGUUAAAGCACGAUGUGUCACAUGUGGAAAAGACAGAAAUACAGUUCGAUGUGAUGGAUGUUCUCAACCAUUUUGUUACAAUCAUCUGGGAGAUCAUCGACAAGAAUUAAGCAAACAAUUAGAUGAAAUUGAAGUCAAUCGGGAUCUUUUUCGACAAACUCUUACAGAACAAUCAGCUAAACCAGCAAAUUUAACAUUAAUAAAACAAAUCAAUCAGUGGGAACAAGAUUCAAUUGCUAAGAUUCGUCAAACAGCAAAUGAAGCUAGACAAACAAUACUACAACAUAACAUGAAAUAUCUGACUGAAACUGAAAUCAAAUUAAAUACUUUGACUAAACAACUACGAGAAAUUCGUGUAGAAAAUGAUUUUGUUGAAGCAGAUCUUCAACGAUGGAAAACACAAUUAACACAAAUGAAUAACGAAUUAGAUAAACCUUCAGACAUUACGAUUCAACAAAGUUUGACACCAUUAAUCACUACAAUUCGUGUUAAUGUAUCAGUCACACCGCAUUUACCAAAUCUUGGUAUGGAUAGAAAAUGGAUACAAAAGGGUAUCACAGUAGCUGGAGGCAGUGGACAAGGCAACAAAAAUAAUCAAUUAUCUAAGCCAUAUACCUUGUACAUCGAUGAAGAUGAAACUAUAUACAUUGUUGACUUUAAUAAUCAUCGUAUUGUAGAAUGGAAACGUGGUGCAUCAAAUGGUCAAAUAGUUGCUGGAGGAAAUGGAGCUGGAUACCAAGAUAAUCAACUGAAUCAUCCAACAAGUGUCAUAGUUGACAAGGUAAAUGAUUGUUUUAUUAUCUCGGAUAAUGGUAACCAAAGAGUGAUACGAUGGCCUCGUCAGAAUGGCACAAGUGGACAAACAAUCAUUUCGAACAUUGCUUGUAUUGGAUUAACAGUGGAUACCGAAGGACAUCUUUAUGUUUGUGACAACGAUAAACAUGAAGUGAGACGAUGGAAAGUGGGAGAUAAAGAUGGGAUAUUAGUAGCAGGUGGAAAUGGACAAGGAAAUCGGCUUGACCAACUGAACACACCUUGGAGCAUAUUUGUUGAUGGAGAGAAUUCAUUGUAUAUAUCAGAUCGUGAAAAUCAUCGUGUAAUGAAAUGGAUGAAAGAUGCAAAGGAAGGUAUUGUAGUCGCUGGUGGUGAAGGCGCAGGAAAUGGACUGACACAACUGUACUGUCCUCAAGGUGUGGUAGUCGAUCAAGUAGGCAAUGUUUAUGUAGUAGAUUCCGGUAAUUAUCGAAUAAUGCGUUGGUGUAAACAUGCUACACAAGGUAGUAUCAUUGUUGACGACAUUAGAUCAAGAGCAGAAGCAAAUCAACUACAAAAUCCUUUGGAUCUGUCAAUUGAUAGACAAGGGAAUCUUUACGUCCUCGAUUACGGCAAUCAUCGAUUACAAAACUUCAAUAUUGAUUCAACUUAA